AUGGAAACUGAAAAAGUGAUGGCAGAUGAAAAUAUUACAGAUCUUCCUAGUUGUGUAAAAUUUUCUUGUGACUUUAGACAGUCAGUACUUGAAUUAUUAUUAUGGUGUAAUGAGAAAAAUUUACCAAUUGAACAAUUUGCUUUACUAAAGUCAAGAAUGCUUGGAAUGUUAGAAGAGUAUAAUCGUCAAUUAUACCAAGGUACUUCUCUUGAACAAACACAACCAGUUAUUGAACAACAAAAAAAACCACAAACAGAGCCAACAAAUCCAAAUGGUAAGAAACAACGUGGAAGACCUAAAUUGGAUCAUAAUAGAGAAUGUAGUAUUUGUCAUACAACCAAAACAUCUGAAUGGAGAACUGGUGAGUCACCAAAUACUUUCUUAUGUAAUGCUUGUGGUCUUAAAGCUCUUAAAAAAAAGAAGAGAGAACAACAAAUGGCUACUACUCCAACUUCAAAUUUUGUAAGUGGAACAAAUUAUAUCCCUUCUUAA